AUGGAGGAAGUAAAAGGCAACGAUAACGUUACAGCAGGUGAAAAAGGUAAUGACAAGAUUGAUAGUGAUGACGAUAUUGAUAAAGCUGGCGAUGACGGUGAUGCUGAAAUCGAUUUUGAUAGUGAUGAUGACGGCAAUGAUGUCGUUGAUGAUGUUGAUGAAAAUGAUGGCGAUGGUGAUGAUGAUGGCGAUGGUGGUGAUGAUGGUGAUGGUGAUGGUGAUGGUGAUGGUGAUGAUGAUGGUGAUGAUGAUGGUGAUGAUGAUGGCGAUGAUGAUGGUGAUGGUGAUAGUGAUAAUGGUGAUAGUGGUGUCGAGGACGAUGAGAACAACAUUAAUGGAAUUGGCGCAGCUGAUGAUGUCUGCGAUGAUGAAGAUGGUGAUAGAGACAAUGAUGGUGGGGAUUUAAACGACCUUGGUGACGAUGAUGAUGAUUGUACCAACCGUGGUAAGAAUGACAAUGGCAAUGAUGACGAACCAAAUUCUGAUGUCAAUUGUGACGGUGGUGAUAAUGACUUUGACUGUGACAGUAAUGUUGAUGUGUGAGGAGGAUGAGACUCUUCAAAGUGACGUUCUGUUGAUCCCGCGGACGAUUCCACUUGAUGUAAAGCAGAUAUUGAGAUCGAUACCGGAUUCCAUCUGAACGACGCCUGAUGAGAGGAGGUUUGUGAAUGGAACGAAGUGGUCACCGAGCUGGAAGAAGAUGACGCCAUCCUGGAAUUCCUGGUCUUCGUCAUCGAAUUUGACAAAAUAGUCAACGUAGAUGACGUAGUGGAGGAUAAAAGGUAAUCUUUGCUGUAAAUUAGUUGGACUGACGUAAAUAGAUUUGAGGAGAUAAAGUUUUUGGGAGAAUCUGUGAAGAGUUUUGUGGCAGAUGGUACUUGAAAACUUGCAUUUGCUUUUGAGGUUUGGAGUAAGGCGUUUUGCCACAGAUUUGAAACAGACAUUUGGCUUCGGAUCCUCUGCGCCUUAUUAGCAGGGUAAGCUGCAUAAACCGAAGAUGUUACGAAACCGACAAAUGCUGUUGGUAUGACAUCAACCGCAGUAGCUAGGGUAGCUGAGGACAAAGGCUUUUCUUGAAGUCUUUGUUUUGCGGGAGAGAUCGAAGCUAUUGAAGUCAGUUCCUUACCUGCAAAAAUGCCACGGUUAGUUUAGAUGAGAACAGCUUUUGCUCGAUGGCCGUUUAUGUGUAUAUGUCCCUUAUAGCGCGGUGCUAAUAGAGAGGAGAAGUCGUUACGUCACGUUGCCAUGGUAGCAACAUUUCUGGAUGACAACAAACCAAAAACGUCACUUAAAAAGUGAAUUCGCACUGUUUCAACCUUCAUCGAUCUUAUUCAGUUUCAUUUAAUUUGUUAAAUGUUGGCAAAAUUCUCUGGGGUUGUUUCCCAAAGGACCGUAUCUGAGUUUAGAAAAAGAAAAAGAAAAUUUUUGUACUGUGUUCACAAACUACAGCUCCAUAGAGCGGGCGCUGCAACGACGUGCAAAGUUGUUGUUUUGUUCUCGUUGUUGUCGCCGUUGUCCUUGAUUAAGCUCUCCAUUGUUGUGAUCCAGAAUUUUUUCUAGCAUGGCAACCUGACGUCACACUUCUCCCCUCUAUUGCGUGCACAGUUACCAGUGGAAAUAUUGGGCUUUAAAGAAACCGCACCCACCUUAAUGCCGGCUAUAUAUUGUACUAAAGGAUUUAUCGUAUGUACUAACUUCCCUAAGUUUAACAUUGAAGGGAACUCUUCCACAUCAGCUUUCUCCAAGAGAUGUCCGAGACAAAAUGUCGUUUAUUUCGUGGACAUCCGCUCUCCACAGAAGUACGGGUAGAAUUUUCGUUAAAACUAUGGAAGUUUUCACUCCAACCGGCAUGAAGAAAAUACCUUGGUAGGGCGACGAACCCCUGACUGAGGAAUUCGUGCGCUGUUUGCUGUGCACGCAUUUGUUCGGGUAAUUUGCCCUUGCCUGAAUUUUUUUUUGUACUCAGCCCUCUCGAUUUAGUUUUUUUUUCAACGGUCCGUCACCUUUAAAUGUCAUGAUGAGAGUGAUUCCACCAAGUUAGAAAACACCACCUGUAUCUGUGAUCGUAUUAGAGAGGUUAAGCAAAAACGGCAAACGCGAAUUUGUACCACGUGACCAAGUUUUCCGUUUACAUGUCGUUUACUGUUCAUUAUUUCUACGCAUAAAUUAGUACUAGUUUCACGCAAUUUUUAUCCAUAAGAGUUGUUUUGUUUUGAGUUGUUUUUAUCUGCUCAUUUUCUAUUUUGAGUAAUUCUUACUGACUUGAAUCUAACGUUUGCCGUUUGCCGUAUAUGUGAAGCUUUAUAAACUCUCUAAUAAUAAACAGUUAAAAAAGGGAAAACUGUGGUAUGCAGCACGAUUAUCUAUGUCAGCCACUUUAACCUCAGUGGAAUCUCGUAGCGUCCAUAGCUCUCAGGCAGCCAGUCAAUUUACAAUUUACACGUUUUAUAAGGAUCCCAACUGAUUUCAACCAACACUGAUAAAAAUCAUCCUAAUCGGCUUAAGUGGGUAGUUUUUUAAUUUAAUCAUCAAAAUAAUCGUACUUACGUAUUUUCAUAAUACAGCCUAGUUGGGGACGCCGAAUUUUUCAAAAUUUCCCUCUACAGUCGAUCAUACGCCAUUUUUGUCACUUGACUCCUCAAUAUAUUUAUCGGCUUUAGUAAAAGUGCAAACAAAUCUACAUCACUCGGUGCUGUUUGAAAAGAAUCAUUAUGUGUUUGUUUUUCUAGAUUAAUGUGGGGAGUUUAACCCCACUGAUGCACUUAAAGUCCAUAUUUUGGAUAAUUUAACAUUAAGCAAAUGAAUCUCGAGUACAAAAACUAUUAAUAAUUAAGUUUCAUAUGAAUGACCACACCAUUUGAUUUUUUAGGUGGCACUGCCGGGGCAUCUGAUUAAGGUGUUUGUUACGUUUGUUCGCCUUCAAAAUCGCCCAGGGUUUUACGUUUUGACCCUUUAGAUCUCUUGUAUAUAAAUUGAAAUUGUCACUUUUUGCCCCUUUUCAUCUCCCAUGGAACUAGUGGGGUGAAGUUAAUAAAAGAUGAACUAUAUGUAGCUGAAUUUUACUUAGUUGCACCUGUUUUUCUUGACAAUAAAUUUAGUAUCUAGGAACUGAAAAUAUUUUCGAUCAGUGUCUGCAGUGUUAUUUCGCUAAAUUCACCAAUUAACCGUCUGUGAACAACAACCGUGCCAAUAAAGUUAAGUAGAUACACUAUAGCUCCUUAAUAAUAACUUUUGGCCUCACCUUCGAUUUCCAGUAGUAAUUGUAGGGCGACACUCAAAAACAAACUCAAUUUCAUUUUGCCGGGAAAAUCGACUUGUCAGUUUGAUUUUUGGGCUCUUGGGUUAAUCUCCGAAUAGUUCACACUCGAGUUAUUUCAAAGCCUGAACCUUUCCCACGGCACGACAACAAAGUUCCCACUGCGAGUCUGAGAACAUUUUAAUUCAGUUUGUUAUUUAACCCAGCAGGAGAUAACUGAAGUUUAGUUCAACUCGACUUAGUCUGGUGGGUUUGCCAAAGAUUGCAUCUUUUGUAUCCGAUAUCAGAAAGGGAUAAAGUAAGAGAAUUAUUGCGAAGUAUAGGAUUAAUGAGACCUAUCCCAAACCUUAAAGUAAGGUGAGUGCUAGAAAAGAAAUAUGCCCAGCCUGUUUAAAAAAUCAGCAAUGUCAACACUGUAAUUUUCAGGGAGUUAUAAUAACUCUUCUAGUGGGGCUAAUUUAACUCCUUACAGUGGAGUUAUUUUUCGUGGAGUUAUUUUAACUCCAAAAAGGAGUUUAAAGAACUCUUUUUCAGGAGUAAAAGUGAGCCCAGAUAUUGAGGAGUUAAAAUAACCCCAAAAAAGGAGUUAUCCUGUACCUAAAAUUUUUACUCUACUUUCAGAGUUAAAUUAACUCCAAAAAUAGUAAAACAACCCAUGUAAGGAGUACAAGUAACCCCAGUUAAAUUGUACGCGGUGAGCACAAAAAGAAACACGAAAGGAAAAAAACGAGAGGUGAACUGGGGCGGGAGCGAGAAAUGUUCCCUCCCUUUUCCCGCCCUAUUUCUUCCCUCGUCAAUUUUUCACACGCGCCCUAAUUUUUCGCCCGCUCCCCACCAUCUGAACGCCUAGAACAGUCUUAAAAAGUGACCCGCUUCGCCGCUCGUUUCUUCGGCCGAAGACGUGUCGGCCAGACGAAGCUCCUCGUCACACGUGAGAAAAAAUCUCUGGUACCCAGGGUACCAGCGCCAGCGAUCGAUGACUACAAAACUGAGGCGCACGCAUGAUAUUUCAUAGGAAACCGCUAGACGAGAACCAGAGUUGAGAGAACAGACUAGCGAACAGUGUUUGGAAAAAGCAGUGGUAUAUUUUUCACCUAGCUUUAAAAGUAAAUUUUAUUACUCUUCUUCUAACACUAUUUGGGUUUAAACCACGCAUAUGACAAGAAUCUUACAAGUAUAAUAAAACGUAUGGCAAGAAGUCGGAGUCGUUCGCCUCGAGGAAGAGGUAAUGGCGCUAUAAACGUUCAACAAACGUCUUUACACAUCUGUAUUUGAGCCAUGCAUGGUUAUGUUAUCGGUUAUUUCACAAGCAUUGGGUUAUAUGCUUCUGGUUAUUUCUUGCUUCUGGUUGUUUUGCUUUAUUUUUUAUGUUUCUAGUUUUUACGGAGCGUCGCCGUAGCCGAUCAAGAUCUAGGGAAAGAAAGAAAGGCGGAGGUCAGUCAAAAUACAAUUCCAAGUUGAAAAAAAUAAUAGUUUUAAAAGUAAAUAAGUUUAAGAUAAGACAUUUUUAAGCUGUGCUAAGGCACCAAUGAAUGAAAACAGUGAAACCCGCUUUAAAAGUCACCAAAUGGACUUUCCAUAGUGUCCAUUUAACAGAGAACAAAGACUUCAGGUUUGUCUGUCCCUCACUAGUCAGAAUUUUAUGAUAAUGUCAUCAAGGACUGAGGAGCAGAAAGCAAAAAGUAAAUUACCAGCAAAUGUAAUGAUGAAUAUUUUUUUAUUCUUUGUGUUUAUGAUAAUUAAAAAACAGGCUGGUUCAUUAAUAUUCAGUUUGGAGGACAUGGGAAGCAUGAUAGUAUGAUGGUGAUUCAAUUACUGAAGUUUGGUUCAGCUAAGGCUUAACAAAAUGUUAUCAACAUUUCUGUAAAGUGCCUAUUAAGUUAUUAGUAAAAUCCAACUAGUGGUUUCUUUUUUACUUUGAUUGUUAUGUUCUCAGAUCGCAGACGAAGUAGAUCCAGAUCACCAAAGCGCCGAAGGCAUAGAUCAUAUUCAAGGUAAAUAUCUGCAAAAUACUGCAUUGCUUCACAUUGAUUAUUCCUUGCCAUAGUUUUUAUCUCUUUUACCAAAAUUAUCUUAAACAACAUGAAGAUUGAUGUUAUUAAUUUGGGAGUACAGCUUUUCCAGUAGAUGAGACUUUUUGUGUUUUUUUUUAAGUUUGUCUGCUACUCUAAGGUUGGGACUUUAAGUUAUCCUUUACUUUCAUCUUUAAGGAUAGGAAUUUCUACUUUACACUAUACAUGAUAACUGAGUAGCCGUAAAGAGCUUUAGGUAAUGUUCCAUAUGAUGGUUUAUGUUUCCUUUUUCCUAGAUCUCCUUCCCCAAGAAGACAGAGAAGGUAAAAAAAAUUACUUUUAUUCCCUUGUCUUGUAUUUAUCAACUCAAGAGCUAGUAGAUCUGCAGACUAAAGACAUCGUAACUGAGAUACGGCAAUGCAAAAUGUUCUUACCGUAAUCUCUCUAAUAACCUUCCUGCUUCCCCCUCACCCUCAUAUUGAACAGUCAAAAUUUAUUAAGCACCCCCCUCUCUACUCUCCUCUCUCUGGAACUGUCUCUCCAGUUUUAAAUGAGUCUAUAGCCACAACAUUGAAUUUCCUUGCAUAUAUAAUGAGGUUUAAAAAAUUUUCAUUAUUACUACUUUUUUAAAGUCGAUAUUUGUUCUUCACAGUUUGUGACCAUUUUCUGACUGUUAUUGUUAAAUUUUGGCUCUUUUACAUAAGAUCUUAUGUAGUUAAAGUUUUCACUUAGGUUUUUACUGAACCUCAGCCGUUCUUCACGCCUAGCCCGGCUGGGAAUUUUGACCAUGGAACGACUUUGCAAUGGCUUUGAUUCAGACGCCAAACUUUUCAUGUACAUUUGUACUGAACCUAAUAAAUGCAAAAAUUAUAAAUAACGUAUUUUGCGAGCAGUUUAACCAAAAUGAGCAUUUUUCUUCUUUUGAAUUUAUUCGUCUGAAAUUAAGAUUGGCAUCUAAAUCAAUUCAGGCAGUCUAAAUAAUUUGGGUCGGCCUUAAUUCGAAUUAGGUUCGGCUCGUGAAAAGUUCAGCCUCUGAACCGGGCCUUAGGUGUUAAAAUAAGCUACUACUUAGGGGGUGUUUACAUGACACCAGGGCGACUUUCGUUCCAGUGCGAAUUCACUCUGGUUUCCUCUCAUAUCUCUACAUUUGUUUACAUGAUACCGCCACAAAGUGUCAUGCUGGCGCGAGUCACUCCGCCGUGAGUUCACCCUGGUUGUUCUACCAGGGCCAAAAAUUUCACUCUGGUAUGAAAUCUCACAACGGUAUCAUGUAGACGUGAGACAACCACAUGUUUCGGUGUGAAAUCAGUCUGCCGGUAGACUGAAAUGGGUAGCACAUGCGUAAUGUUUGCGGUUUUGAAUCUUACAUGUAUUUUAUCAACAUGAAGUGUACCUUCAAAUAACGAGAUAUGAAAUGACCCAGUCAUAAUGUAAACGCGAUACGAAGUAAAAAAAGUCAUCCCGGUAUGAAACUCGCGCCGGUGCGAGUUUUCUCAUGUAAACACCCCCCUUACUUACUACCUUGUGGAAUCAGUUUGGGCAGUCCUGAGUGACAUGCAAAGUAGGCCCAUUUUACCUGUCUGGAUAGCCUCUAAUAGUUCUUGUGCACAGCCUCAAGGAUUAUAUUAUUAAUUUACUUAGUAUCAGGCUUUUAGCUAGACAUUGAAAACUGUGCAUCCUGUACAGGAGGCAUCUUUUGCCUUUAUAAUAUUAGCAGAGAUCAUGUCAUUCUUCCUUGAAUUUCUUCUGAAAGUGGUUGUUUACAGGAUCCCUGGACACCCCUCUAGCUAAAUCCUUGGUUUGUAUCAUUGCAGGUCACAGUCUCCAAGAAGACGGAGGUCCAGGUGAGUUCUGAUUUCAUUUAGAUACAUAUAACACUUUAUGAAAAGUACCUAUGUAUUUAAAAGUUUUUCCUCUCCUCCUUUUUUCUGGCAGGUCAUCAUCACCGAGACGCUCCCGAAGAUCACAUUCAAAGUGAGUACAUUUUUACACAAACUGUUUGAUCUAUUUAAUGCUACUGUGAUGUUAAUUUGUUAAAUAUUACAUCAAACAUUGUUUAUUUGUUAAAUCUUUGUUAUAAAGUUGACCUAAUCCAUUUUGCUAUUUUGUAUAAAAUAUUACAUAAUUUUAAUUUAAUUUUUUCUUUCAACAAAAACAUUUUUAUCUUGUCAACUGCUAGAAUGAAGUUCCUCUAUUUUCUUUUUUCCAUAGGUCUCCAGACAGGGAGAAAUCACAUGAUGAAUCAGCCAAAAAAACUGAAAAUGGCUCAGAAGGUGGUGCAGGUAGGAAUGUCAUCUGUCUUUGAUAGUUUUACUUUCCUAUCCUAUGAUCAAAGUAAUAAAUGCACAGUCUGAAAGAAAAAAGUAGCUCAUACUGGUAACUGGCCAUUGUAGCAUAGGUAGCCCUUAUCUGGGUUUGUUGAGGUAGCUUACAAGUUCAUGAUAUUAAUUUGAGGAGGACUCGGAAAAAAAAUCUGAGUCCCAGAUGGGAUUUGAACCCACAACCCUCCGUGAUCUAGUCGGAUGCUCUAACCACUUGAGCUACUGGAGACUCUAUGGUGAGCAAGGGCCAAUUUGUGGGUCUCAACUGGAACCGCAUCACGCAGCUACACAGCCAAGUAAUGAUAGGCACACAAGAAGUGAAGAACUCACUAACAGCAUCGCGCUGUCACCUUAAAGCAUAUCCAAGAUGCGGCCAACCAACCUCCAAAGUGAGUAUAUUAAAGAUGAAACAACAACAACAUGAUAUUAAUUUGAGGAGGACUCAGAAAAAAAAUCCGAGUCCCACAAAUUGGCCCUUGCUCACCAUAGAGUCUCCAGUAGCUCAAGUGGUUAGAGCAUCCGACUAGAUCACGGAGGGUCGUGGGUUCAAAUCCCAUCUGGGACUCGGAUUUUUUUUUCCGAGUCCUCCUCAAAUUAAUAUCAUGUUGUUGUUGUUUCAUCUUUAAUAUACUAAGCUUACAAGUUCUCUGUAUUUUUAAUUCUAAUCGGUGAAUGAAUAGUACUACUCUUUUCUAUCUAAUGCUGCAAUAGUGAUUUGAAACAAAUACCCAAUAAUAUUAUUACAUUUCCUAAACCUAAUCCUAACUUUCUCCCUAGUGUAGUUGUGGCCCUGGUCAUUCAAAUGUUGGAUAGCACUAUCCAUCAGAUAAAUCAUUAUCCAGCAGAUAAGUAUUAGAGAAACCAAUGCAGUUUAUUGCAUUAUCCUGAGCACUGCAUAUAGAGAAUUGUCCCGUGGGUAGCAGCACCCACCUUUAUAUCAACUAGUCCCUAUACUGCUUUAGGGGUACAUCAUUAGAGGUCAUUUCCUUGUUACAACAGCUUCCCAUAGCAACAGUUUGUAUUCAAAUAUCAGUAUAGAAAUAGUUAGAAUAUUCAUUUAAUCAAAUUCAGUAGUACAAGCAUGCUUCUUGUUUCCAUUGUGUGUGCUGUUGACCACAUGGGGAAAUGGUGACGAAAGCGCAUGCUGAAAGCAGCACAUGUUAAUUUCCGUACCAGUAUUAUCACAAUUAUCGUUAGUUCAUGCUUCAGCUGUUUGUAUGUCAAGAUUUGAUGUAUUUCAAAAGUUUGGUGAGCACCCAAGAGGCUAGAGUUGCUCUCGUCUACGCCUCUAGGAACUUAUGCUUCUUUCUUGCUUUCCAAAUUUCCCCACAUGCUUCAAAUCUCGAUAUAAUUAUGCAUGCAUACUAACGUGCAAUUGAAUUUACAAAAUUUGUUAUCAGUUGAAUCGACAUGAAACACUGCAAACCAACAGCACAGGCAUGGCGUCAUUGGUUUGAAUGUCAAAAGUACCUGUAAUUUUAGCCCUAAGUGCUUAUACUCAAAGACGAAGUCAUAAGUAUUAAUUUGAGGCAAAAUUAUUGUAGAUGGGGACCAGGUUCCAGAUGAAGAUGAGGAAGCAAUGAUGAAGCUGAUGGGGUUCUCUAAAUUUGAUACGACCAAGGUUUGAUUCUCUAUAGGCUUUGGUAUAGUAUGUAUUAUGAUGAUGAUGAUUUUAAAUGAUAAUUUUGCUGGUAACAGUAAUCAAAUGGUAACAUGAAAUGAAGAUAAUGUGAACAAAAAAUAUGGGUUCUAAGUUGUGGCCUCUGUGUUAGCACUGCUUUGUUCUGACAAUGGAGGGUAUGGGUUGUUAUAGCCCAGUUGGUAGAGCACUGCAGCACUGACGGAGAGGUCAUGGGUUGGAAUCACAUUAAAACCCCCAGUUUCAGGGGAGCAGGGCAUGAGGGCUAAUUUGCAAUGACUCAAACUGCUAUUACAGCUGUGAAGACAACCCUCACAUAAUUUUAUAAUAAUCACCCUUGAUGAGUGAAAUUCAUGUCUGACAUUUCGACAACUUAAAAACCGAGAGAAAAACCUGGCCAAAUAUGUGUUAGGUAUACAUCCCCCCAAAACUAUAAUUUAUUUUUGAGUAUCCUUAGGCAUGUCAGGGUAUCUAAAAUCCAUUAAAUUAAAAAAAAAAUUGCAUGAUUGCUUAACCAUAUCUUGUGCAGGGGUCCGAGGGGUUACAAUAUGUUUCCCUUUGUCAUAAUAUUGCCUAUAGCAGUGUUAUUCUGACAAUGAUGUGACUUGAAGGUGGAAAGGCUGUUAAACUAAUAUUCUAUUAUUUUUUUAUUUAUAAACUCUACAGGGUAAGCAUGUUCAUGGUCCUUGUAAUUCAAGCUACACCAGUGUAAAGAAGCCCAACAAGUAUAGGUAAGAAGACCCUUUUUUUCAACCAACAUGAUUUUCUUAUUUUUGUUAUACAUUGUACUCACUAUCUGUCUUUGCAAUGGCUAGGAGCCUAUGGUUAAUUUUGGAAAUCACCACCACCUACAGAUUAGUUACAUAUAAUUAUGUGAUAGCAGAUAAGUGAUUAAUCUGUAGGUUGCGUGCGCAAUGCAUGAUUUCCAUGAGCAAUAUCAUUGUUCCAUGCAAUGCUGCGUUUGUCCUUAUUUUCUUAAAAACAAUGUAUAAUAGAACAAUAAUUAUUAUUAGAUUUGGUUUUUGUGAUAUCCGGAAUAAUCAUGGUCAAGGGCUUAAUUUCCCAAGUUAUCUUUCUAUGGUCUUUGUAAAUAAAACAUACCCCCUAUUAACACUCUUUUUUUUCUUCUCUUAUUGUGUUCUUAUCUUUUUUUUUUUUAAAACUGGCUUGACAGCUAAGGUUGCUAAAUAAUAGUAAUUCUAAUGCUUUUAUUAACAUCAAAUUUUAUUGCGUGAAAAUUUAAGUCCUCUGUUAGAUUCAAAAUUGUUUUUUAUAUAUAAACUACCCCCUUCUACCUACACCUACAUUUUGUAAAUUUUACUUAAAUAAGUUGCACUUUCUUUCGUGUUUAUUAGUUUGGAUUGUACUUUAUCUGCCUUUUUUGACAUCAAACCUGCAUUCCUUUGUCUGGAGUGUCUUGAUUGCCUGAGGCGACCCUGGAAAUCACAUAGAAAUACCUCUAGCCUGCGUAGCUGGCGUUUUUUUGCUGUGUUUUUUCUUCUGUGGUUCGUAAAGUAAGAGAUUCAGCAGCGUGAACAAAGGAAAUAGGAGACGUCUGCACGCACGCAAUGCGAAAGCUGAACUGAGGACAAAAAGGAAACAAUGGGGGAGGAGGUAAGGGGAGAAGGCAGUGCUCCCCUCACCUUCUCUUCUAUCAUUUUCUUUUUGAUUCCCGAUUCAGCUUUCGCACUGCUGAAUCUCUUUCUUCGUGAACCAUAAAAGAAAAAACACACCCCCCAAAAAUGACAGUUAUGCAGGCUAAAACACCUCUGAUGCAAUGUGGGAUGAUCUAUGUGAUUUGGGCGAUGGCAAUCCCCUAGAUAGUACUGAAGUCUAUGGUUGUUUUCCAUUUACAAAACAUUUCUGAAACAUCCAGUUGGAAAGUGACUUUGCAAACCGAAAUUUGGUUUCAUUUCUUCAAGGUUAUCUUUGGUACCAGUUUCAGGCUAAACGGAAUUGAUUUGUGCAAAUGGUAAACGUGAGUCGGGCAAAAUUUACCAGUCCUGAUAUGUGCUUACCAUUUGCCUUUUGGCAUUCCAUGAACCGACCGGUUUGUCCACUCCAUGUAAAUGGUAAACGACCUUACAUAUCUUUGUAGCCGGCUUGUUUCCAUAAUAAUCUUGUAGGUGAUCUUGAAUCAUCACAGUUAUCCCCCCCCCCCCCCAAAAAAAAAAAAAAAUCAAGGUAAUGGAGACAAACCAGAUGACAUUACAUGUAAAAUAAUCUAAGACAGUCUUGGAUUCUGGAUUCCACACGGUGAAUUCCUGAUUCCAGUUACUGGAUGCCAGAUUCCUAGUUUGUGAAACUUGGAUUCCUGAUUCCAAUUGUUUGCGGGAUUCCGGAAUUCAAAGCCCAGGAUUCUGUAUCUCAGAAUCCAAAAUUUCCUGGAUUACCUUAAAUGGAGUGAAAGAUGAUUAGAUUAUAGUAACCAGGCUACGUAAAAGUUUAUAAUACUGUUACAGUACCAUACACAAACACCAUUGAGUUUGUUGUAUUUUUAUAGGCAAUACAUGAACAGAAGAGGAGGCUUCAAUAGACCGUUGGAUUAUGUUAAUUAGGAGCUUUAGAUGCUCUUUAGCAUUACACAGUUUGCAGACGCCUCAAGAGUUUCUUUGUCAGGUGGAACCUACAGCAAUCCUACAUCUACCGAUACAUCUCUACUUACUCCUGAGUCGAUACUGCUGUAAUCCUUUAACCAGCCAAAUACGACAGUUUUUAUUUUUUCUGGUUACAGUCCAGCCGGGUCACACGAUAUCCCCAUAGACUCUAUUAAUGAAUUCUUUAUGUGAAAAUUGAAUCCGUUAGUCUUUGCCAGUGUCAUAUUUACUUCUUCAUUCUUUCAUAGGUAACAAUGCCAUCAGUUAAACUGAAUGUUCAUUUUGAAAUAAACUCGCUUUGAAUGUCCUGAGUUCAUCUAAUUUUAAGUAUUUUACCCAUUCAAAGUGUGAAAGAUCCUUCAAUGCAUACAGGAAUUGGAUUUUAUACUCGAGUAACGGCACCGACUAAAGGAUUUAAUUUUCGAAUCUAUUCAUUACUAGAAUCUAUGGGGUUACGCUUAACCUGGCUUGACUGUAACGUACUUUCUUUUUAAUACAAUGAAAACUUUCCUUCAAGCCAUUUCAGGCCUUCCUCAGGGGCACCCAACGAGAAUAUAGUUCAAAACCACUAAAACAUAGCAUUGUUAAACGUAUUUUGUUAUUUAAACGGUAGAUAUAGGCAUAUUUUUAUCCCCUAAAAAUUUUUCAUCUGUUCGGAUUUCCUAGCUGAAAGUCUAGUGAUCCGAAAAUUAUAGGGAUCGAAGCUUACCUUUUCGAAAAUUUCAGCCAGAAAAAAGGCUCCUGAAAAUUCUAGAUGACCUUUUUAGGGUAAAAAUCCGUUAAAAAUAGGCAAUUAUACCAUAUUUUAGAUGUUCGAAAAUCCUAGGAGAAGCAGGCAACCAAGAAAUUUUACAACAAAUGUUCCGAAAAUUCUAGAUCUCAAAUCGUCUUCCGAACAGAUAUUUUGCCGAAAAUUGUCGUUGGGUGCCCCUGCUUCCUCAAGUCACCAGUGAGGAGCGCGGGAAACUGAAACUCACGGUAUGGUAUGGCGCCAAACCAGUAUCCCCGGUCGUUUUCUCCCCUCUGGGCUAGAGUGAGGCUACACGUAGAUCUCGAAACGAAAAGCAAUCAGUUAUGUGGUCAUUACGUGACUAACGUUGCAGCCGUUUUGUUAUUGUUUAUCGUUAUUUUUGGUUUAUAAAUAACUCCAUAUGAUCUCAUAAACGGUCCUCUGUACAUAUUUGGUAUAAUUUGCUUUACUUUCAUAGUCAAAAAGUACAAAGAAAACAGUCACAUUUGUAUUUCAACCAGGAGCCGAUUUCCGCUCCUAGUUUCAACUCUAAAACCCACACACAGGAAAAUUCUCCUUUGUAAUUUUCGAAUGAAUUAGUGACAGUCUUCGCAAUAGUAUUAGUGAUUUUUGUUAUACUCCAGCCUUUUAAGACUUGAAAUUAAAAAUUUGAUUGUGGACUGCUGUCACUAUAUAUUAUUUCGUUGGCUACAUGGAAACUGCUAAUUACAGCCGACGCAAAUUUAGUAGCUUGCGGGAUUGUUAUGCGCGCUUGCUCGCAUCGCUCCGCAUCAAAAAACAACAGAUCUGGCACGCUAAUUCCGCCAGCUACACAGGGCACAAUUAGCAUUCUUUCUUACCGACAACCAAUAUUCACUUAGAAGAUUUUUCCGUUUCUGGCCGGCUUGCGGCUUAGAUCCGGAAUCCCCCGCCGAAUUUUUCAUAACCAGUUGGCAUUGGCCAAAUUUGGAAAAUGUUUUUCCAAUAUCCAUGAAGGUGACUCAUUUUUACGGAAAAAGGGAUUGCAGAAGGCGUUAUGCAAAGUUCAAAGGAAUGGCUGAACUACUGCCUAAAACGUGUCAAGACAGCCUCCUCCUCGGAAGCUACGUUUUUCGCAUGGUUUCGGAAAGAGGCGAGUGACUGGCGACGACACGCAAGGGACCAUGGAAGGGUAAAGAAGGGAGGUUUACGCCCGUUUUCUCCUUCCCGCCUUCCUGUGCGCGCCAAUUUUCAUUGAGAGAGAGACGUCUGGGUACAAGACAAGACGUAGCAAAAUACCAUCCCACCGGUGACAAGUGCUAUUUGAAGAAUAUCUGCUAGAAUAAUUAUCCCUUCUUAUCCUGAAACUACCGAAAAACAGGCAAAUGUUAUCCAGUUAUUGCUAAUUGUUGUUUUUUAUGCAAGUAGUAGUGUUGUACACUCGCUGACAACAGUUUCUGCAAACGCACAGUUUCAUUUACAUGGGCAAGUUUCGUAAAUAGCAAAACUUUACCAGGAACAAUUAGUCAGUUUUUUCCCUUUUUUCGUGAUCAACGUUUCAGUGCGACUACUCUAACCGGGGCACUUGGAAGCAUGGUUCCAUCAAAACGAUGUCUGAAAACGAAAGAUUCUCAAGUUUUUUUGCAAACGUACCAAUAAAAUUCAAGAUUCAACUAUGAAACCGUUCAAGUUACUUACCUGAGUGACCUGACCUCUCAUGAAACAGCCGUGAAGUUUAUGAAUGUUGUUGGACCGUUUGCAAGAAAACUUGAGAUUCUUUUGUUUUUAGAAAUCGUUGUGAUUGGACAAUCUUCUUCCUAGUGCCCCGGUUCGAGUAGUCACAUUGUAAAACGUCAACGAGAAUCCGAAAAGCAAAGAGCUUGCAACUCUGCACGCGCAACUAUUAUUUUCUCUUGUUUGCUACAAUAUUCUACCCCAGCAAACCUGACGAAAAGUUCACCUUUCUACAGACAAAUUGAGCAAGGCUAAAUCUUAUGAAUAAUGGUUUCCCCUGCUCAGCGAUUUUCGUCAUUUUCAAGCCUUCAAGAAACCUUUCUGAGACCGAAAGCGAUUUAUCUUGUAAGGUUAGUUUCAAGUACCAGUGUUUGAUACUGCAUGGUCAAACUUGAAAAACAAUCAACUUGAGGAACGUUUAUUGAUUGUGUCUGCUCCCUCAAAAAUCGUGAGCAUCAUAGUAAAACAAUUUUUGCAUGACAGAUUGUGAUAAUUAUGAAGGCUUCAGUUUUUUCUAACUUGCUGACUAAGGAACGAAGGAGCGUCGCCCCUGCCUUCGGCUUCACCAUGAUUUAACCUCGACUAUGUAAAUUUUCGACGCCACACCCAACAUUCAUUCUACAAACGUUUAUCAUGAGCAUGAAAUGGAAAUUAAUCUUACAGGCCCAGUAAUGAGGUCAAAUUCCGAGCCUAUUACACUAGGCAAGAGAGGAUUUAUCCUGUCUUGACUAGACAUGACUAUACUACUGGAAAAUGAGCAUUUACAGUCUGUGUAGUGUGUAAGACGGAUUUAAUUGAUUUAUGAGUGCCUUUGUUUCCAAUCCUUCUGAGGAAAUCUAAGGCUGGGAGUCCUGUGGCAUGUCCUAACGUAUUUUAUGAAGAUAAAUUUUGAAAAAGCAAAACACACGAAAAACAAAAAAUAACUACGAUGAUUUCACACAAAAACCACAGACAAACAUCUCACAUAGAUAACUCAAGGACUCCCUCGUUUUUGGAUGUUUUUAUUUGGUACCAGUCCUCUCUCACAACUCAGUGCUUGUCAAUCAAUUAUUCAUGACUUGAUCGAAGAAACUGUGAAAAUGGCGAUGGAGGCUCCUCCAACUUCACCGCAGUUAACAACUUAUGCUGCGCAAAAUACUGCCACGGUUACUCAUACAGUUCCUGCAUCGCAUACGACAGUAAAUCUUAUACAACCUGAUCAAGGAAAAGGUCUUUACAUAGUCGAUCCUUCUCAACAGCAUGCUUUACAAAUGUUCGGAAGUCCCGAUCAGAGGACCUUCAUGGCGAACCCCGUCGAAUUUAACCCUGCAGCUGGAACAAUAACAACCACCGCUGUUUCUAAUGGAAAUGGACAGAUAACUAUGGUAAGCGUUAUUAAAUAGUUUGUUAGACACAUCUUAAACAAUGUAGUCCAAUAGCAUUCGAGUACAGAAUUGGAGUUGGCCGUAAAAUAAGAUCUCGUGCGUUCGAUCUUUCUAAAGGACGCGGUUCCCUUUCACUAUUGUUGUGCCUUGAAUUCAAACGUCAAGUGGGUUGAAAAUCUCCCCGAAACAAGAAUAAACCAUCGCAGUCAUGGUCUCUCGUGAUCUUUUAACGUUUACUUAAGUCUCAGGAAAUUCAACCUGCCGGGCUAGCCGUGAAUUUAAAACCGUCCAAUCGAGAAAUAUCGCUCGAACUGCGUCGCUAUUGGUCUAAGCGUUCGCAGUACUUUUGUUUGUAUUGAAAUGAGUGAACACGUACCCAACAAUCAAGCAAACAGGCAGGAUUUUCAAUUGCCAAUCACAUCUAAGGUUAAUAUUGUUGUAUUGAAAGUCGAGCAUUCACCUAAACUUAUGCUUUUUACAAGAAAGUCUGACGUUCAGUUUCCUUGUAUCAUAGUGCCGCCUUGCAUUUUAAUAAAGACGAACAGAUGUUUUGAUGCUUUUUUUUUUGGCGUCAGUCGCUUUGAAAGUUACCCUUUGCGUGUGAAAUUUAUUCAGUCUCCGUGUUUUUUUCUGAGCGAACUUUCCAAGUUAAUUCCGAAAGGUUUGGACCGUCUUGCUAUACGGAAAUAAACUGAAGUUGAAAUCUACAAGAAGUUUAUUUAAGGCUAAUUACUUUGGCAGUGAUCUCCCAAAAGUAUUAUUUUUCCCAAUAUUGUCGUCUCAGGUCACUCAUUCUGUAUUGCCUCAAUUUCAAAAAUUCAUUUUGAGCUGACUUGUUUGCUGUUUUAAGAAUGAAAUCAACACAGAAUUUCUAUGUGUAAAUUAAUUUUUUUGGCUGGGAGGCUUUUUUAAUGAAUAUUCAUAUCCAUCACAAUUAUCUCUCGCAUUAUUAUUGGAAAAGAGAGAUCCAAUGAAACAUGCCCUUGAAAAUCACAUGGGAAAGUAACGAAAUGCUAAUGUGGGUCAGCUGCUGUACUUCAAAACAUUAUACUAGACAACUAAUAGUCUUGAAUGUUCCCUAAUAAGCGGAACAAAAAAAAAAGAAAAUCAACACUGUAACUGCACCUUAGCUGGGAACCAGUCUCAUUGGUGGCAGAAUUAAUCAACAAAAAUACAAGUGCCCAUUGGAAAAUAACCUUCGCUGUGUGGAUGCUAAUGGGCUGUACUUCAAGAUGGGAUUUCUCCCUCGAAAAAACCUGAGCUAUUAUUAAAGAAAAAUCUUAUACUUUAGUUCCCUCUUUUCUCUACAUUUAUUGUUUUAUAAUAUAAAACACCUCAUUUGGAUGCAAAAGAUGGAUCUAUUAAUGACUCAGCAAUUGCAUAGACUUGGCUUAUGCUCGUUGUUUUUAUUAUAAACAUUCUCACUGUCCAUAAUGUCUUUGUUUGUAGCAAAAAUCGCAUUUAAUCCCAGAAGUCAUGAAUUUGCCUUUGUAAGGGCAAUGGGGUAAUUUGUGAGUUGCUAGGCAGUUCUCUCAAUCUGUGAAGUGGUCAAUUUAUGUGGUAGUCAUCGGAGUUAACAGAAUCCAUUUCUAGACGCACAGAAAAAAAAGCAAAAAUAAAAGAAGGUCAUAGUAUUUUACGACGAAAGAUAAAUAAACUUGUCACUUUACCUUAGGCCAUCCCCCUUUUUUUCUUUCUUACCAAAUCUGUGAUAUUGGGUCAUUUUAUCUGGUAAAAAUCAGAAGUUAAUAGUAGGUCCUGGUUUGACUAGAACAUUCACAUAUUUGGAUUACCAAAAAAACAAAAAUUCUGUGAAAAAUGUUCAUGUUUUUGUUCUUGUUUUCUAUAGUACUAUUCAUUUUUCAGAUUAAAAGAAUUAAUUCAAGUGAAAAAUGGUGUAAACUUGUCACAAAAAUUUGGGUUAGUAAACGGAGAAAAAAAAGAUGAUGGCCUUAGUCUAAUUGAACAGAGAGAAUCAACACUAUUGACACUAUGGCCUGUUGAAGACCUACAGUACACCGUUGAAACGUGGUGAUGAAUAUCUUAGUGACAAUUGUGAGACAAAUGAUAAACAAAAUUUAUACAGAGAGAAAUUUAUUUUAUAUAUGUACUGUUAUGAGAGAUUACUUGCCUGUUUACUACUUUUUUCAGCACAGUGAACAAUAAUUAGUAAUAAUAAUUAGUAAUGAGUAAUGAAUUUUCUGUAUUUGUGACUGCGUCAGCAUGUGUUGCAUUUAUUGACCAACAGAUGAAUGGACAGCCCAUAGCAACUCAGAGACUUCCAGUUGCUAUGGAAACCUUGGAUGAGCCUCUUUAUGUCAAUGCAAAACAGUACCACAGAAUAAUAAAAAGGCGGCAAGCAAGAGCAAAGCUUGAAGCAGAGGGGAAAAUACCCAAAGCCCGAAAGGUAAGUUUUUGUGGGCUAUUUAUUGUUAAAGCAAAGAAAUUCUUUCAGUGGUCAAAAAGGCUACUGGAUGCUGCGUUAUUAAACUUCUAUGAGAGAGACAUAAGUUAUAUAAUGUUACUGUUUUUAAAGGGACUUGUCAUUUAUGUAAUAAACUAAUUUCAGUUGAGGGGUUAUUUAUGGGUAUUUUAACCUGAGAGAGGCACUUUAUUUAUAACAAGCCAACAAUGAUCUUAUCUCCUUACUUUUGCAGAAAUAUCUCCAUGAGUCUAGACAUCAGCAUGCUUGCCGAAGAAGACGCAGCAAUGGAGGAAGAUUUGUAACAAAACCUGGUGAAUCUGAGGUACAGGAGGGUGGCGGAAGUGCAGCUAAUAACCAGGUAUUUCAAGAAGGCUUGAUCGCAACACAGGAACAUGAUCCUCCAGAGCAUGCCUACAGUAGCAUUGUACAGGAUACUGAAGCUGACAGGGUGCAAAUAGCAAGUCAGGGUGCUGAGCAAACAGAAUAAGGUAAUAAAACGUUACAGCAAAAUUUGUUGUAUCACGCUGCACGUAUUGCAAACUUCUGGGUUUUUCUGUUCCAUCUGUUCCACUAACCACCUACCUUUCCUUUCAUCUAAUUCUAAGAUUCUAAGAGCUUUUUUUUUUUUUUUUUUUAAACAUUUAUUUGAUUACAACACUUCUAAUGACAAUACUUGCAUUUACAUGGAGGAAAAAUAAAAAUAACUUUUCCCACCAAAAAGGAAGAUUCUAAAAGCCUUCCAAAUGCUUAGCCCAAAAACGAAACAAAUGAGGCAAAAGAAAACAAAUGAGGCAAGAAAAGGAAAAAAAAAAAAGAGCGGAGGAGAGAAAGCGAAAAGUAAAAGUCAAGACUGUGCACUGUGUCACUUUUAAACCCAAAAGUUAUCUCAAAAUUUUGCUAUCUGCAUAAUUAUGCCCGAACUUCGCAGGUUAAUAUUUUGAAUCUGGAUCAGAAGGCCGCAAACUGUACAUUCUGUAACUGGGUUUAUGGUAACUUUUAGCUCUUUAUAGCACAGCAGUGACCAGAAAACCACUCAACUAGCUUCAAAAUGCAUUUUUUGGCAAAAUUUCUAGGGGCAAAUGGCUUAAAUGCUUAAAAUUAAUCAGAAUUUGGUUCCCAGAGAGGUUCGCAAACUUUUAUUCAGUAUUGUCAAGAAUAGACUAGAAAGAAAAAUGGAGCAUUAUGCUCUAUUGGUGCAUCACCAUUACAAUAGUAUUCUGCAUUUUUUGCUUUGUGACAGUCGCAUCUGGACUUGAUGACAAUUCAAAAAAUCGAUUAAAAUGUGCAGAUGUACCGGAAAUUAGUCUUCUGUUUAAAUAUAUUACAACCUUUUAAAAAACUUGAGUAAAAUUCAAGUAUCCCCACCAAUGCCCUAAGAUUAUUCUCUCCUUGUGUGGGCUCAAGAGUCCCCAAAUGCAGUUUUGAGGUAAAGUGUCACUUUGUUCUGACAAAUACUUAAUCAUAGUGGCAAAGAGCCAAGGCUGAACUUGUUAAGUGAUAUAAACCAGGAUCUGCACAGUCUUCAAAAGUCCUUGAAUUUUCUUCAACUUUGAAUGUACAGCUGUAGUGGCUUGGAAAGUGAUUUUGAUGCUUUUUGGUUGUCUAAGACAGAAUAUAAAUCAUAGCUCAGAGAACGUAAAGGUUAUUUACAUCAAGUGCUUAAUGUUUUAUGCAAUAAUUUAAAUUGUCAAUUUGAGACAAGUGAACUGAAAAAUGCAGAAAAGUAUGUGAAGCAAACAUUUCAGUCCUUAAAGUCUUGGGAAUGUGCAUUUUUGUACAAUCUGUGAAAUAAUAUUCCUUGUAGGUGGUCCUUGAAAAUCUAAUGUGGUCCUUGAAAAGUCCUUGAAAAAUGGUUGCAUUUUUUGUAUGAACCCUAUAAACAGUGCAAAAGUGGUCCCGUUUUUAGUGUAUUUAUGGAGUAUCUAUGAUUCUUACAGUGAUUUUGUUACCUCUGCGUCAGGCGUCCUUGAUGAAUAAAAAUCCCCAAAGAAGUAAAAUAAAUCAUGGCAUGCAUCCCGUAAGAUGCAAAGAUCGAUCAAUCAAUCUGAACAUGUAUAUUUGUAGUAAUAUUCCCUUUGUGUAAUUCCUGUGGCCGUUUUUUUGCUGUUGUGUAACAAUAACUAAUAUUUCUUUUAGCCUUUGUUGUGCUUUAAAAUAAAAGGACUAUAUUUUAACUUCAGCGUAUGGAAUACAGAGUUUUGGUGUCUGUCUUCACAGGGUUGUCAUUAAGAGCCGGGGGCCGGGGAUUCUCCCCGCCUACUAAGAGAGUGGCCCCCGGCUACUUUUAUUGGAAAAUAGAAGAAAAAUAGAACCAAAAGAAAUCCCUAGCCGUUUGAUUCCCCGCCUACUUGUUGUAUUUACCCGCAACUUGAAAUCUUAGUGACAACCCUGGUCUUCAGAUUAACUGUCUGGUUACAUAAAGGCCAAAGCAUUUUCAAUUUCGGACUCUAAACUCUUUUUUUAACUGGGACUCAUGACUUUUCACAAGAUGAGUCCCAGGACUCACCAUAACUAUUUGUAACAAAAUCACUGUACUUAUACGUGAUGUUGUCAAAGUAAUGAGUUUCUGGUGUUGUGAACUUAGGUUUGUGCGUGUGAAGCAUGAACCAUUAAACUAUCCCUCAAAACAAAGCCUUAUGAUUUUAGUCAAAAAUUAUACAUAGCCUUGCUAAUUUGUGUAUACCAGUGAUUUUGUUACAAAUAGUUAUGGUGAGUCCUGGGAAUCAUCUUGUGAAAAAUCAUUAGUCCCAGUUCAGAAACAACAAAAAAAAUCAGUGAGUCCUAAAUUAAAUAUGUUUUGUAACCUGACAGUUAAUCUGAAGACAGAUUCCAACGAUCUGUAUUAUCUUUCAUUGAAAUUAAAAUAUACCACAAUAAAAGCUCUUUUUAAAGCUUGUGCUUAUAUUUUUUCCUAUUAUGUUUUAGGUACAUGCACCAGGAUGUUCAAGGGAACAGACUAUAGUUAUAAAGAACUUCAGAGUUGUAUAGUGUUCAGUCAAAACUGACUUUACUUUCAGUUUAUUUAAAUCUUCUAAUAAAUUAUCAUACUCACGCCUUUGAGGAGUGUGUAUGGGAAUAAAAGAAAAGUCAUGUUCAAGGCCGAACUGAUAUGAAAGCAUUUUUCUCAUCUAAGCUUAAAGUGGAAAGAAGAGUGUGUUUUCAGAAAAACACUAUUUAUUUUGGGCAAUGCAUGGAGAUGAAUGAAUACUGUCACUUUAUGAAUACAACCUCUUUCAGACAUCCCAGAAAGUAGUUAAGUCUUGCUCUAGAUUAAUUCUUAUACAUUUGUAAAGAAUAUCGGUACUCUGUUAUCUUUAUUCUAAUAACAUAGCAAAUCAUUGGCCAAAACUGCAGUUUAUUGUACAUGAAUGGAACUCACAUUUUUAACCUUAAAAGUUUAAUUACUAUCAAUAAGACAGCAUUUUUUCUGCACUGCUUUCUGAAUAAUUCUUAUGGUACAAAUGAGAAGAAUUUGUUUUGAACAUCAAGAAUUGUGUUAACGUCCUUUGUAAAAUAACAAUUAUUUUUGAUUAAUCAGUGAAAGUAAAAGAAAAAUCAGGGUGUUCAUUAAGCAUCGGAGAUCAGAGAAUUCUCCGUUUACUACACAGAAUUCUCUGGCUAACGUGCGAUAGCCUAUUUCACAGUAUUCUCCAGUAAAGUUACACCUUUCUCCUGUGACUAGAAUUCUUAGUGAAAACCCUGAAAAGUAGGAUGCAUGCAAAAGGUUUUUAAAUGAGUGCCUUGUGUAUGGCCCUUGAACCUCUUGUCCACUAUUAACUAUAAAAUAUGGAAGCCAGUAUUACUGUAGCAAAGUAGUUUUGCCUGAUAGGUUCACAGUCGCAGCUCCUUUAUAUUGCAGAGGAAGCUCUAGUGUCUGUAUUACAGAGGUGUAUGCAUAACUGCAUUACUGAAGGGUCAUUAUUAUAUUGGCAGGGAGUGUGCAAUGUAUGAAGUUUGGUGUCUUUAGGACUACCGUUAAAACCCGUAAGUAAGAACCUGGUUUUUAACAAUCUGUUAGGCUAAAAUUUGCCCAUUAGGCCCCCUUUUUACAAGAACCUGUUAGCCGAAAAUUUUGAGUUAAGUUCUUAUUUGCAAAAUUUAUAAAACACUCUGACUUGGUGUACAUGUGGGCAAAUAAGAACAGUCCAUGCACUGCAUAAUUUAUGUGGUAGAAAGAAAGGAGGGAAACCUCUGUUAUUCAAGCAAACUCUAAGGUCAUGUUUCACACUAUCACAAGCUUAAGAGUUGUGUUUGGCCUGUGAACACUUUAUUUCAAAGCUGAAUACGGCUAAAUACUUUUAGCUAUGAUGUAUUUUUUUCUUCAGAAAAUAAGAACCCAUUUAAGAAUCUAAAUAGCCUAAAUUUGUGUUUAGGCUAAAUUGGGGAAAUUUAGGUUCUUACUCACUGGUUUUUACUGCAGGUCAACUGUCCAUAUAGAGAGGUGUCUGUAUUAUUGAGGUAUAUGUUACAGGUCAAAAUCAAAUUUAGGUGAAAAUUUUUUACCUGAGGUUGAUUCUCAAUUUUCUAUGUCUCCUAGCCCUAACUCAUAAUUAAUUAGGGCUAGGAGACGAAGAAAAUAGAGGAUCAAGCAAGGUUCAAAACUUUUAACCUGAAUUUAAUACAUAUGGAGGUUUGGUUAUGACUAGUUAGUGGUAUGCUGCUUAUCCAGGGCUGUAGCUAGCAGUGGGCAAGACAAGAUACUUUCCUUACCCCAAAAAUCAUUCAUGCAUUUGAUGCUUGUAAUCCUUACCCGAUAUGUUUUCACAGCCUAGCCACAGCCCUCGUAUCUUCCACUCCAGCAUACAGAGUGGUUCCCAUCAAAGUUAACUUACUGUGACCAUAUCAUUUAUUGUUAUUUUUUGCAUUUGUACAGGCUUGAGCAUUCACUUUUUAGAUUAGUUUAAGGUAUAUAAUAAUAUGACAUUCAGGGUUCUUGUAUCACCAAAGAGUACCUUAAUAAGAAUUAAGUAUUAAGAUGGAAUUAAAAUGUACAUAACUUUAAUUGAAAUCUUUAAAACACGGACCUUUAAGUAGUUCGCCACAGACUUAAAUUAUUCAUCUUUAUUUUCAUAUCGUGUUGAGAACGUGUGUCUGUUUUGGGGCAACAAAGGAAAAAAGGAUCUUGGGAAAUUUAAUAUGUUAUCCCCAUUAAUUUGGCAGUAUGCUUUUUUCAGUUUUGGCAAGUUGGGUGGUGAAGUGCAUAAAGGAAUAACUUUCUCAAAUUGCUGUUUUCUAUAAAAGCAGCUCCUUCCAUUUUGUCAAUUUUCUGAAAAGAGAUUUUUAUUUCAACAUGUUUGCAACUUAUGGACAGGUAUGUGUUUUUAUAUCAUAUUUCAAAAUGAAUGUACUUUUGGUUGGUUGAAAACCAUUCACUGUUAA